AGCAAGUUUAUGGCGCUCAUUUAAUAACUAAUAAAUUAGGAGAAUAACACGAAGUUGUAAAAGCUGAAUGUUAAGAUCAGCAAUUUGCUUGUUUUAAAGAUUUAUAUUGGGCUCUAUCUGUACAGAAAUAGUUGUUAAAUUGAUUCCAGCUACUUUAAUUUAAGUACCUUUUUUCCGUUUGCUUAUCUAGAGUCAGAUGAUGUUCACAGAGGCAGCCCUUUACAUUUCAGAUAAUGACAAAAAAAGAACAGGCAGCUUAAUGCUACCAAACUAGGGGUGUGUCAAAUCUCUCUCUCUCUCUCAAGAAUGAUAAACUCAAUGGGGUUGUCUAUUUUUAACCUCCUGUUCUUUCCUUUUGGCAGAGUAAUCAGUGUUAGCUGAGCUCUUUUGCUGAAUGAAUCCAAGUAACCCUGUUUGUUGCCUUCUGAAAUGACCAGGGCAUGCAUACAAGUGUAUUGAGGCUGCGGUAAUGUAUGAAGUCCAGUGCUGAGACACCAUGUCAAAUGGAAGCAGCUCUGGCGAGCACUUUUCUACAACAACAGUCAGUUCAGUUGCUGUCCAGGCUGGAGAUUCCAGGAUUGUUAUUGCAAUACUUAAGUGUGGGAAAUGGGUGCAACUUCAGCUGGCUGAAUCAAUUCCAAAUGUAUUAGAAAUAGGCAGCAAUCAAGAUGAGACCAAAAAACUACUACAAGAUCAUGAACUCCUCUUGGCUAAACUGAAGUCUUUGGAAGAUCAAGUAUGGAAUCUGUUACAUGAAGCAGACAAGACUGCCGAGGAGAACAAAGAGCAAAGCCAGGUGUAUGAUGCUAUGGCACAGACUCUGGGGGAUGCCUGGGAUGCCCUCAUCAUUAUGCUGCAGAAGCGAAGAGCACUUCUGAAACUUACUGCAGUAUUUUUUGAAAAUGCUCUGGAGUUUGCUAUUAAAAUUGACCAAGUGGAGGACUUCCUUCAGAAUGCCCAGGAGUUCGAGAACACUGAGUCUUUGAAAGAGCUCCUUUAUCAGCAUGAGCAUCACGCAAAAGAGCUCUUGGAAAAGUCAUUGGCCCUCUUAAACAAAAGCCAUGAGCUGACUGAAUUCAUAGAAGAAUUCAAGUCUGACGGGCCUAAUGUGAACCCUGAGUUGAUUCAAGGAGCCCACAGCAGCUGCUUAAAAAUUGACAGUCUCCUUGAACUGCUACAAGACAGGAGAAGGCAACUGGACAAAUAUCUGAAGCAACAACGCCAAGGACUAGAGCAGGUUCUGCAAAUUUGUCAUUGGCAUCACCAAGAAAACCAGGUAACAUCUUGGUAUAGAAAGAACAUCAAAGAUUAUCUACAUAAGCAAACUCUAGGCUCAUCAUUAACAGAAAAUGAAGAAUUACUUCAUGAGCACAAGGAAAUGGAAUUCAAGGCUAAAGAAUGGAAUUCCACUGUGGAACAAUUAAAAGCAGAAGCACUCAAGAUUCUGUUUUCAGAGGACUAUGCGGAAAAGGAACAUCUAAAGCUUUCAAAUCAGAAAAUAAAUCUAUUGCAAGAAGAGUUGUGCCAUCGUAUGGAGGAAAGGAAAACCUUGUUACAAGAGGCCAAUGACUUCUUUAGUGCUGCUAACAAGGCAUUUGAUGCUCUUGGAGGUAUUGAAGCUUACCUUAAGCUCCUUAACUCAGAGGGCUUAAGUUUGCCUAUCUUGGCAAUGAAGCAUGAGGAAUUACAGGGAGAAAUUAAAGACUGCACAACUGAUGCUUUGCAGAAGGGACAAGCCUUAGUUACUAAAGGAGAUUCCCACAGCUCUUGGAUGACUGGAAUUCAGGAGACGAUAAAAUGUGUUCAGAAAAGGGUGGAUCAACUAAUCAGACAGUGUCCUGCUUACAAAGAACUUGCUUUCAAGAAACAAAGGCUCACUGCCUCACUAGAAGAUUAUCUAAAGAAGGUAUCACUAUCAAUUAAAAAAAUCAGUCCAAUACUUGCAGUCAGUGUGGAUCCUGGUUCUUGUUUGACUGAGUCAGAGAAAGUUUUGAACAAAUACCUAGAACUGUCUAAUCAAGCUAAGGAAACAUCACAUGAAUUGGAAGCAGCUGUGAGAAUUAUUAAUGAGGUGGAAGAAUUUGAACCUGCAGAGGUGGCAGCUUUCUCUAGCAAAGCUGACCUUCUAAAUGAAGAACUGACAACACUUAACAGAAAUAUUAGUUCAAAACUAGACCUUCUAAAAGCUUAUGUGGCAUUUUUAAAGUCAUCAAAAGAGGUAAAUGACCAAACUCAAAGUCUGAAGGAAUUCUAUAAAUCUGAGCCUGUGCAAAUAGAGAUUGAAGCUGAAACCAGGAAUAUGAUGGAAUCAGCUAAUACUCAGUGGCAGAUGGUUUUAAAGAAGAUUCUCUCCACAGAAGAUAUAGGGCAUGAAUUUAUUAAUUCAUUAAAUAUGGUAAAUAAGAAUAUUAUAUUCCAAAUGGAAAACGUUAUGCAAAUAACUGAAGACAUUAUUGACAAAUUGAAUAAAGAAAAGGAAGAGCUGAUAGACCUGUGGACAACAUGGAGGCUCCAUAUAAAUCAAGGAAAGUCUAUCAAACAACAAUGUUGCAAAUUUAAAGAGCAAUUUAAAAAAACAACCCAUAACUUAAUUGUUCUUGAAGAGGCACUCAGACCUACUGCAGCAGUUGACCUUGGGAGUAAUCUUCAGAUUCUUUUAGAACUACAACAAAAAAUUAACCAAAUGAAACAACAGUUUCAGCAACUAACUGCUGAGGUUGAAUACACAGUAAAAUUAUCAGAAUUGCUGAGCCUAAAAGGAGUUCCUCUUAAAGAAAAUUCUGAGAAAAUAAGUGAGCUUACUCAUCUUCUUCAGAAGAUAAAAGAAAGGAUGACAGAAUAUGAUGAAAUCGUCAACAAGUCAGUCAAAUUCCAUUAUGUCAAAGAACAACUGGAAUGUCUCAUAAAAUCAGGAGAACUGGAGAUUCCUGAAAGAAGCAAGAUUCCUGAUGAUGCACUCCAAGCUAAAGUGCAUCUUGCUAAUACUCAGGAGAAACAUGCACAUAUCAGACAUCUAUAUAACCUGGCUCUUACUCUAGGCAAGGCCAGCCUUUCUGCAGUGCAGCAUCCUAACUGCUUUAAUGUUUCUGUAAAGACUCUACAGCAGGAGCUUGCUACACUUGAGUGUAACAGCAUUAACUGGAGAACCAAAGCAGAUAAGUAUGAGGAGGAACUGUCACACAACUUCCAGUACUGCACAACUAGAGAAGAGAUAAACGAGCUCAGAGAGUCAUUUAAAGAUCUGAAAAAGAAAUUCAACAACCUGAAAUUUAACUAUACCAAGAAAACAGAAAAAGCUCGAAAUAUAAAAGUUCUUAAGAUGCAGAUUCUGCAGGUUGAAAUGUAUGCUGAAAAAAUGCAGAUUCUGAGAAAGAAGAUAGAUAAUUUAGAGAAGAAAGUUACUGGCUGUGUAAUAAAUCAUCCUGAUGGUAAAGCUGGUGUCCUCUUGGAGUCAGUCAACGAGUUACAGAAACAGCUGAGUGAAUUUGGCAGAGUUGUGGAGGAUUACAAGCAAAAUUUGGAUCUGAUUGAGCAUCUGCAGCAGAUGAUGGAAGAGUGUCAAUUUUGGUAUGAAGACGCAAGUGCUACAGUUUUUAGAGUCGGGAAGUAUUCUGCAGAGUGUAAAACAAAGGAAGCAGUGGCAAUCCUCUACAGGCAGUUCAAUAAGUUUAUCAAGCCUACAGUGCCUCAACAAGAGGAAAGAAUUCAGCAGAUUACUGACCUCGCUAAACACUUAUAUGGUUCUGAAGAAGGAAAGAAAUAUAUCCAGAGAACAAUAGCAAGACACAAGGAAGUUCUUGAGUCUAUUGAUGAAUUGUGCAGCUCUUUAAGAGAACUUGAAGAACAGAUUGUGGAGGAUGUGUUAAAAGAAAAAACACCUGACACAACAUGUUUUAUUGAGGAAUCAGCCACUAUAGAAAGAAAACAAGGAAAAAACAGGCAGGAGACAUAUAAGGAAGUUACCAAAGCCAAUCAAGAGGAAGAGACGAGACUCGCUGAUAUUUCAGUUGUCUGCCCAGCUGGGGAGGAUUUUGUUUCACAGAAUACGGCACUGUCUCUUUCUGCCAAAGAGAAUAGUUUACAGACUGAGCUCCUGGCAGAAGAAACAGCCUCGAGAGAGGAACAUAAAUGUAUAUCACCUGAUGACAUUUCUUUGCCACUGCUUUCCGAGAUGCCUGAAUCUGACCUCUUGCAGUCUGAAGCUGAGCUGGAAGAGCAGCCUUGCUGUAGUUCUCAUAGUCUGCAUGUUAGCUCCUGUAGCUUGCAAAUGCAGAUAAACACUGGCAGCAAAAGAAUGAUUGAUGAGUUUGAUCUCUUAACACCUGUUGCUUAUGCUGACACUUCAUAUCAUAGAAAAGAAACCACAUCAGAUGAAUCAGAGAGGUUUUUACCUUCUACAUUAGAGCACUAUCCAAAAUUUGGAGUAGAAUCUCCUUUGACUUGUAGUUCACCAGAAGUACCUGAAAUAAUCACUGUUUCCAGCACAAUACAUGCAAACCCUGUGUAUAGCAUGAUGAGUGAAGUGUGUGAGACACAUUUACAACACAGUGAAGCUUACCAAAGCAUGACAGAAACACAAGAACAAUUGCAUGACAUUAAUAACAUUACUAAAACUCAGGAUUGGCCGCAUGCUUUGCCUGAUGCAUUCUCAGAUCUCGUGUUUCAAUCAGACACCACCAGAAGCUGUCAGAGGCAGAUGGUCACUCAAGAAGAGAUUAAAAAUGUAUCAGAAAAAAACAGCAUGGUCAGCCUAUCUGGACAGGCGCCUAACUUCUCCAAACUGCUGUCCAAUGUAACCGUGAUGGAAGGUUCUCCAGUGACUUUGGAAGUAGAAGUAACAGGAUUUCCAGAGCCUUCACUGACAUGGUACAAGAAGGGCCAGAAAUUGACUGAUGAUGAGCACUUAAAACUUUUACAAAAGGAGACAAAGCAUGUUUUGUUCAUUCAGAAGGUGUGUGAUGGAGAUGCUGGCCUCUAUGUUGUUCGGGCUAAAAAUUCUAGUGGCACUAUCUCAUCAAGUGCCAUCCUCCAUGUGAAAGGUAACAGGCCACCUAUCACAAGAAUAAACUGGAUAAUGUUGUGUCUCAUCUAUAUUAGCGUAUCACUAAUGUACUGGCUAUUCACAUAGUAAGUGUACUACUGACAACACUGGGACUUGAUUCUCACAGACUGAAGCAACAAUAAAUCAGUUAUCUUCCACUGCACCUUUCACAAACGGUACCAAUCUGCUUUUUUGUCACGCUGGAUAUUUUGUUAAUGCCACUACUACAUCAGAUGUUCAUCUUCUUUCAUCAUGUUAAUUUUUAGUUUAAAAUGUAGUUGGGAUGAUGGACAGAGCUUUGCACUCUAUAACAAAGACGUCUUAGACUUAAUAAAAAAAAUGUUACAAAAGGUGUUGUUUGUAGACAUCAUAAUGUGUCACAGUGCAUCCAGGAACAUGAUGCUCAAAUCAAUGUAUGUAGCAUGAUGCUUUUUACAUCAAAUGUGUUUUCUGAUUAUACUUUUCUCACAUACACUUUAAAUGUUUCUUGGCAUGGCAUAGCUACUUGAAUCUGCACAGUACAGAAGUGUAAUCAUAGUUUAAUUGGCAUACAUCAGAUCAUUAUAUUCUAUUUUAAGUACUACAGCUCUUCUUAAUAAAAUUUAUCUUUUUUGAGUGACUUUAAAGCAAGGGGACAGAGCCUCAGCUGCUGUGCAUUCCCAUAGCUUCACUGAAGUCAGUGAAGCUUUUCUAACUUUCCCCAGCUCAGGCUCUGCCCCCUUGUAAGUGAUAGUUAAGAGAAGUAGCUCCUGCUUUAUAAUAUUCCCAUGACAACCAACCAAAUCUUUUAAAAGUAAGACUUUUUCCAAUAUAUUUAGCUGUUCUGUAUAUGCAUUUAUAUGUGCCAUAACUCCUACGAACCUUUUUACUCCUCUUAAAAAAUGUUAAAUGGAAGAUACAGAUGUUUUAUACUCCCAUCUAUAAACAUGAACAGGGAUAAAUAAUCUUCUGUGCAUUGGACCUUGAGCCCAUUUUUAAUUCCUUUUUAAUAAAUUGUUUUCAAAGAGAUCAAAGAAUAUACUAAAAGAUAGUAUAAAUGAUAAAAUGAAAAGGAAGGAUUUUUCUGUGUGGUUCCAUUUAAAUUGCUGCAGUCAGAAAUGAGCCGUAAUUUUAAAACUGUAACAUUAAAAAGAGGAAUUUGCUUGCAUGUGUUACAUUUCAAGGACAAGUAAAAUAUUGUUAUAUUAUAAACACAGUGAAUAAUUUACUUAAGGUUUUUGACAAAGGUAAGAAAAUAAUCAUGCCACUGGAAGAUUUUGCCUAUAAAUUAUCAAUCUAUUUAAAGAGUGAGAUAUACAACUUAUUAAUUUCUACUAUUUCUUAUGAAAGUUGGGCACAUGUAUCCAUACACUAAAAACAGUUGGUGAACAUUGGUAUAAUCUUUUUCUUUUAUCCUUUGCUGCUUUCACAAAAUGAAUCUGCUUUUGUGGGAAAUUUAUAAGGCCUGGCAGGUGGGGGUGGAACAUACAGUUUCUUGCAAAAUUUACAAUAAGAAAAUAAAUGAUUGACUGCACAACAGGAUCUGAACAGAAUCUAGAUUUCAAAUAGCACAGAGCCAGUGAGGCUAGAGACAAACAUUUGAAUUUUUGGCACAGAGGCUGUGUCUCUAUUUAAAUCUUGUAACUUCAAAACAGAAGUCCUCAAGGCAAAAUAUCUUUAGCAACAGGAAAAGGGGAGCUGACCUGAUGGGGGAAGACAACAUAUUAUAAACAGAAUUUAUAUUAAGUCUAGCCAUCACAUGUAAAUGUUGUCUCAUAAGAAUUUUUCCAAGUAAAUAAGCUAUAUAGAUUAGUACUUUUCAGGAAACAUGGUUUUCAUUUUACAAUAAACUAGUUUAAUAAUAACUAGCAUCUUGAAUGUUUGAAAUUUCUCCAAAGAACAGUUUAAAUUCAUUGCCUUGUAAUUAUAUCCAUAUUCAUUGCUACAAAACAACUAACAAAGCAACUAUGUUGAGACUCCUACUUGCAUAUACAGUAUAAUAAACAUUGAGAUUAAACAAAAGUAUCCUUCCAAUGUGUUUCAGGUAUUUCCUGUUACUAAAGUGUUGGUGCCUGAUUGCCUGAUCUUCAUUUAAAAUCAACAGAAUGCUGGAAGGCUGUAGCCAGCCAGUAGAUUUGUAGUCACUGCAUGAAAGGUGGUGGGUCUAA